AUGCGUAAAGACUACGAAGAGAUGGAGCAGUCCAUCUACAGCCAGCGAAUGAUCAGAGCGAACCACCAAGCCAAUGCGGCAGGCCACGGCCCACCCGACGAAGCGAAUAAAGAGGCGGCGAAACAGCUGGCAGAGCUCAAAUUCAAACUACAAGAGGCUGAACGCGAAAACACAAAUUAUCAAGGAAAUAUUAUUCGAAUAGAAGGUCAGAUGAAACGGUUCAAGGCGAAUGCAGAGACCGCCGAAAAGGAGCUCGACGAACUUAAAACUCAGAAUCGACAGCUCAAAAAAGAGCUUCGCGACAAAGAGAACGCGUUGGACGAGCAGAAAGAAACGAACAAGCAUCUACAGAGCCGGCUGGAGAAAAUGCGCAAUCAGCGAGCACGUCCUAUCUGA